UCAGCUGUCGUGUUAUUGGUGUUAUAUCGUUGCUAGAACAUGCACCUCGUUGUCGUUGCUUGCUCGUGGACGUUGUUCUUUUUUCUAGCAAAUUGUGUUAAAUUUGCGCUCGGUGUGGCACACCUGUCUUAGCUGCAGUGUGCUGCUCAUUUGCUGCGUCAGAUAAGAGCACCAGCGCAUCGGAAGCAGUGCGACAAUCGACUUCGUUGUGUAUGUACAGUACAUAGCGGAGUGCAGUGCCGCGUUUCUCGUCAUCUAGCUAUGGAAGCAAGCACUUCUAAACCUGUAAAAAAAAAGCGGAAGAUUUACCUUGAGCCGAAUGCGCGCUGUGAUCUGCCAAGAACAACCAAAUGGCGUGCAAAAACACUUUCGCGACGAGAGGAGUCUGCCGAACUUGCCGCCGACGGAUCCGCAUCGCCCACACCCGCUGAACCUGACGAACCUAGUCAAACUUCGAGCGAGAGCACGGACUGCUUGCACGCGUCCAGUGUUGCGCAGGACGGACACCAAGACGCAACCAGCAGUGUCGACAGUGACGGCAUCGAUCUGGAUGAUGAGACCGCCUCGGACGACGUUGACAUGUGCAGUGGAGAAGUGCCGAAGGAUGACUGGAGUACACUGUCGCAAGCAACACUGCCCAAUUCUGUGCUUACUGUCGCUGAAGCACUGUUGAGCAUUCUAACAUUCUGCAUAUCUGCUGGCCUCAAUUGGAGUCAAAUGGAAGAUCUGGUUAAGCUGGUGAACUUCCUGCUUGGAGAGACUGUUAUACCCUGUUCACGGCACCUUCUAAAAAAAAUGUGGGAAACUUCAGACACUGUGUGCCAUCAUUUCUUUUGUUCAUCAUGCAAGACCUAUGCCGGGAAGCGAGCUGCCCAAGACAUCACUUGCAGUAAUUGUAGUGAAAAUGUCUGUUUAUCAAAUUUCAAGAAGAGCAACUUCUUUUCCACGCUUAGUGUAAAGAAACAGCUAGAAGAUCUCCUCAUGAGCAAAUUGGUAGCACAGGCAUUAUUUGAUCAGCUGAGUAGCCCUGGAAGUGCAUCAUGUUUAUUAAGAGACAUCACUGACGGCACAUUACUGAAGAAGUGCCGAAAGCACUCACAAUGGGCUGACAUAACCAUCACCGUGAACACAGAUGGUGCAAGGGUGUUCAACUCUUCAAAAGACAGCCUUUGGCCAUUUCAGUUGGUGGUGAACGAACUGCCAGUACUCUUGAGGUGGAGUAAUGUGCUUUUGGGUGGAGUUUGGUUUGGCCGUGGCCACCCAGACAUGCAGCUUUUCUUUGGGACCUUUGUUAAGGAACUCAACGAAAUGGGCGCUGUUGUCUGGAGGUGUGGCUCUCGCAUCAUGAAGUCUGUAGUGCGUGUGGCAUGCGUCUGUGUUGAUGCCCCUGCCCGUGCCCUCGUCCUCCACAUGAAGCAGUUCAAUGGACAUUAUGGUUGCAGCUUCUGCUUGGAGCGUGGAACAUUUCUUCAUGGUGCUCUUCGGUAUGUGCUACCUGGCAGUGAUGCACAGGAAGCUGCGUCUGAAAGAAGCACUGCUGGAAUGAAGCAGGAUGCGAAGGAAGCAAGCCGAUGUGGAGCUUCAGUGAAUGGAGUGAAGGGGUCUACAGCACUCUCAAAGCUUGAUGCUUAUGAUGUUGUUUGGGGAACAUGUCCAGACUACAUGCAUGUUGUUCUUGAAGGUGUAUCAAAACAGUUUUGUGCUAUGUGGCUACAAUCUACAGGCUCUCAAUACUAUAUCGGCUCAAGAAAAACAAUCGAACAUUUAAAUUCAAGAAUUUUAGCCAUGAAGCCACCAAAUUGGUUUACCCGCUUACCUCGCAAAUUAUCGGAUUACAGUAUGUGGAAAGCAAGCGAAUGGAAAUGGUGGCUUUUGCAUUAUUCCCUCCCGACUUUGACUGGCAUCUUGCCCACAAGGUAUGUGAAACAUUUCAGCCUACUUGUGCAAGGUAUUUACAUCCUUCUAAAAGAUGAAAUCAGCAACGAUGACAUCAUAACUUCAUCUGAUGCUCUGUCUGAGUUUGUUGCACACACACAGAUGUUAUAUGGGACUUCUGCAAUGACGUUCAAUGUGCAUGGGCUCCUCUAUUUGCCAAAAAGUGUCGCUAAACUUGGUCCGCUUUGGUCCCAUUCAUCAUUUGUAUUUGAAAAUGGGAAUGGCACUCUUGUUAAGCUUGUUGCCGGAGCCUGUGGUGUUCCCCUUCAAAUAUUGGAGCGUUAUGUACUGUCAAGAAAAUUGAAGACACUGCCCUACAGCUUGCAACUUUCACCUCAGUCACAGAUCUACUUUGGUUUGCAAAAACCAACCACUGGCAGUGGAAUGAUGUUGCUAGGAAUUGGCAGACGUUGCACAGAUGCGGAGUACCAGAAUCUUGUGCUCAGGCUCGACCAUCCACCAGAAGUGCUUGUGGAAUAUUACAGAGCUCUCAUUUCAGGGCAGAUGGUACACUCUGUGAACUACAAAAGGCCUCAGAGGACUUUUAAUGCUGCCUUUGUUAGCAGAUCUGGCAAAUUUUUUUUAGUCAAUAGGAUGUUUGAUGGAGCCAGCUCUGAUGCUAUUCUGGAAUGCCAGGAAUUAAUCCCAUCCCAAAAGCUUUUUGCCUCUCACAUUUUAGUUUGUACAAAAAGCACAGACUUUGCUUUUGUCCAUUCAAGUGACUUUUACCGUUUGUGUGUGUUUAUGGAGGUAGAAGGCACAAUUUUUGUUUCCACAAUUCCAAAUCUUUAUGAAAAAGACUAGUAGCCAAUUCAUGCAGAUCCUUUGUUCUUAAAUG